AUGGAUCCCACGCAGAUUAUCGCAUCCGCCAACCAGAAGAUCGAGGAACUCGAAGGGGAGCUCAGGACAACAAGAAAUGAGAUCGAGGUAGGAAAAUUGGAGGUUCAAUCACUCAAGGACGAGAUCGAGACGAUGAAAGCGGACACCGGACAUUCAGAUGGAAGCCUCGCGGCAGAGCUCAAGAGCAAUCUCGCGUCGGUCAGCCAGGAAAAAGAAGGGCUAAAGCAGGGGCUCGAGGCUGCGCAGGCACACAUCCAGAUACUGACCGGCCACAAUCAUGAGCUGAUCAAUUCCGCGCUGGUGGCUGAAGCGGACAUUCGCGGGCGCGAAGAGCACAUAAGGAUCCUCCUCAAAUUCAUCGAAUUCCUCGAGAAAGUGCCAGCAGGGAUUUCUGCGUCCCUGGCUGCGGCCCGGAAGGCCGAGGAAUGGUACCAAAAUCAGCUGGCCGCCGAGAAAGGUUCCAACCGGCACUUGAGCUCAGAAGUCGAGAAACUCAGCGACGCCGUGAAAGGCCUCGAGGAGACCGUCAAUUCGACGCGUGCUACGAACGAGGCUAAGGAGAGGGAUAUAGUGACGAGGGAGAAGAUUAUGGCGAAUCAACUGUUGGAGGCCGACAAACAAAAGACAGCUCUUAAGCUCAACCUCGCCCACGCCCGCGGAAAGCUGGAUUCUGUCGAGACUACGUCGGCGACCCUGGUUGCAGCGCACCAGUCGCUGGAACGGCAGCUCAGAGACGCUCAAAGUGGGCUACAAAAGAUUGCACGGGCAAGGAAAAGGGCAACGGCCGAGGCCAGGGGCCAGUCCGCUGCCGCUGCCGCUGCCGCUGCCGCUGCCGCCGCCGCCGCCACGUCGAAGCAAGCGAACGAGGAGAUCUCGCGACUGCAACGGAUGUUGACGAGAAAAGAGGGUCAGAUGGGGAAGCAAAAGGACAUUAUGGAGCGUCUGAAAGAAAGCAUCAGAACCAACGAGGCGGAGUAUAAAGAGACCCGGUCUAUGGAGGGGUUCGAAAGCCUCAGUGCCUCCCUCAGCUUCUUCAAGGAUAAAGACAACGAAAGCACCAAGAUAAUGACAUCCAUGCAGCGCCGGAUCGAUACCCUGCAGGACACAGAACGGGCCGGAAACUGGAAGCAAACCAUCCGCUACCAGGAGGUCGAGAUAAUGCGGUCUCGCCUCCGCCAGGACGAGCUAAAGGCCAAGAUCGAGCGGCUGCGGGCCCCGGCGAAAGCGCUCGAUGAGUUUAGGCGGCAGCAAAUGGAGGCGGUCAAGGUGCUCGAGCAGGAGAACAACCGGCUCCGGGGCCACAGCCUAGGCGAGAUGCACGCCGUGAUUGAGGCGAUCGGGCGCAAUAAGCAACUGCUCAGCAUGCACAUCCUGGAUACCGUGUUCGACCUGCUCAGUAACAUCCAAAGCGUACCGGCUGCUAAUCAGACUGUUGACGAGAUCUACAGCUUCCUGGCCUGCGUCGAUAGCCACUGCCAUGACUUUCUGAAACUUGCUAUCGCCGACUGGCGCGAGGUCAAGGUUGUGAUCAAGGAUAUUCGUAAGUUGUUGCCCAGGAGGGCCAACAAGGACAACCCGUCGGAUGUGACCCGCAUCGUUAAGGAGGUGGCGAGAUUGAAAGUAGACGUCAGUCUGCUGGGAAACGGCCUCAAGAAGGAGUUUAAAAGGAGUGUGGUGAGAGAAGAUGCCCGAAGGAUGCUGGGCUUCUUGAAAUUCGACGAAUUUCUCAUCAGUGGCUCCUUGAAAGUCAGAAAACCUGGCUUGCAGCUGGUCCAACGCCCCUUGCCGAGGAAUCCGGGGUCCGCUCUGUCGACUAGAGCGGAUCUGAGCGAGACCCUCAGCAACAUCCAAAAGUUGGCAGACCAGGUCUUAUGCUAUUGCGAAGAUAUGGAUAGCGUGCCUGGCAGGUCAGACUUGAUGCGAUUACCUAUACCUCUCCUACCUGAUUGCGCACGAGAACUCGACAAUCUACUCCACGACAACGAAAUUAUGAGCGGUGGCGUUUCAGCCAAAAAAGACCGGAUUUCCUUCUUCGUGGUUCUACGGCGGCCGACUACACAUGCCGAAGCCGCGACGUACGUACCACGGGAAGAACCAGUAUCCGAAGGUGUAAUCGAGAGACCUGUCGCCGAGAACCAAUUCGUCAAGUCAACUUUCAAGUGUCAAGUUGGGGACAUCGUCGUUCUCGAAGGAGGGGAAAGACUGAGGACUCGCAAGGAAGGCGAUAUUGAUCCCCGCGAUCUUUGUAUGCUCACAACAUUGCACAGCACCAGGCGGAAGGAGGACCUGGAAAGGGAGGGGAAAGAGCAGGAAUGA